AGCCUCGCACGCGUGGGGACCUGAGCAGGGAGAGGAUCGUCGUCCCGUGGGGGACAUCUGUACCCUGUUGGGUCCUGUGAGCAAGAUUGUGGUAGUCAGCCCUCGCUGGGGAGGAAAUACUCCUGCCCGGGAAGGACAGCAGGAAGUCAUUAUGCAACUAAAACAUUUUCAUCAGAUUUCCUCCGAUUUACCCUGAAGUGUAUGUGGAAUGAUGUGCACUGCCAAGAAAUGUGGAAUUAGAUUCCAGCCUCCAGCUAUCAUCUUAAUUUAUGAAAAUGAAAUCAAGGGGAAAAGUCGCCAACGAAUCAUGCCAGUCCGAAACUUUUCAAAGUUUUCAGAUUGUACCAGAGCUGCUGAACAGUUAAAGAAUAAUCCACGGCACAAGAGUUACCUGGAACAAGUAUCCCUGAGGCAAUUAGAGAAGUUAUUCUGUUUUUUACGAGGUUAUUUACGGGGGCAGAGUUUGGCAGAAACAAUGGAACAAAUUAAACGGGAAACAACUAUUGAUCCUGAGGAAGACCUGAACAAACUAGAUGACAAGGAGCUUGCCAAAAGGAAGAGUAUCAUGGACGAGCUUUUUGAGAAAAACCAGAAGAAGAAGGACGAUCCAGAUUUUGUGUAUGACAUUGAGGUCGAGUUCCCACAGGAUGAACAGCUGCAGUCCUGUGGCUGGGACACAGAGUCGGCCGAUGAGUUCUGAUGCCCAGCAUUCAGAAACAUGCUGGGUUAGCAGAAUAUCCAGGUUUAUAUGAAGAACAUAGAUCGAGUCUAGGACAGUCUGUGAAGAAUACCAAAUGUACAUGUCGGGUCAGAAUUGGAUUGGCCAUUUACUUUUCAAACCAGGACAUUUAGAUUAUUUAUUCUGAAGGUACAUGAGGAAUAUAGGAAAAACGAAAUAUGGGAAUCUGCCCUUUAAGGAACUUGUAAUCUAAUUGGAAGAUAAGUUAAAAAAAAUGUAAAUAAUCUGAAAAACUAACGGUACUAGGCAGCAGAAAGAUUAGACCCAGAUGCUUGCUAAAAACUAAACAAGAGCCUCGGUUAAUGUAGGGUAGAAUAGUCAGGGAAGACUUCCUUUUGGUGGAGAGCUAGAACUAUGCCUGGUCCUUGAAAUGCUGAUGUUCAGAUAGAAGCUUGAAUAGCAUUCCAGGUGAGAGCAACUGGAAAAGGGGGGAAAGGGUGAUGAAGAGACAGGUAAUACAUGUUUUUAUUUGAGGAAUAAUAAGCAAAUUAUAUUGGGUCGUCAGGAAAGUCAUGCAUUUUUGCAUAGAAAAACACAUCAUGACUUUCCCACCAACCUGAUAGUUAAAGAAGAAUGGAGGGCAUAGAAUUAUUACCAGAGAUUUAUCUGACUGCAUUAUGUCUUUCUGUGUAUUUAACUGUUUAAUGUAUUUAGCUCUGGAGUAAGAGGGUGCCCCUGCAAAAUGCCAUGCAGCUGCAUGCGAAUGUGAUCUGAUGGACAGAAGGAGAAUUUGAACCCUCCAGUAUCAGGGAAUACGUACUAAGGACAUUCUGAAACCCUCAACCUAUCCCAUAAGUAAGAGCUUUAUUUGUAAAUUGGGAAAUACACCCAUAAUAAAUGAACAAUUGGUACUGCCA